CCAGUUCAUAUCCUGAUGCUUGCCAGAGCAAUUGAAAGACGAUUGUUUGAACUAAGUUUGAGUCUGGCGAACAUUUCCUCAACUACUUUUUGAUGUAUUUAUUUAUUUCAGCAGAUAAUACCGCAUUUACAUUGGUGAAGAACCUUCUGGCCGCCAGGGAAAUAUGCAGGAAGGACGUGAGCAGGAAACACAGGCUCCGCCACGGCCCUCGGUUGCUGAACUCGCCGGAAGGUUCAAAGGUUCCUCAGCUCCACACGAUGCAGCGGUCAGAGAAACAACACAUUGUGUUUCAGGAAAAGCCUGUCCGACGUAGACCUCCUCGCUCCUUGCAACUGCCCAACAUUUGCGGCGACGAACAGGAGAGGCCUGCAGGUGUCACCUCGCCUGUAAAAGCAAAGAGAAACUCAGCUCUGAUUGAGAAGCUUCAGGCCAACCUUGCUCUGUCCCCAUCAGCCCUGAUGCCCUCUCCCAAGAGCCCCGGUUUCAGGCUGCUGCCAUCCUUCACCCCGCCGCCCUCCCCAAGUUCCAAGUCGGGGACCUCUUCGUCCACGCUGAGCCCUUCCAGCCCCGCCUCCACGUGUUUGCUGGUGACUGAGGAGGAGGGGCCGACCUCAUUUGAAGCUCCUCAGGAGGCGUCCCUCCUGACGAACAUCAACAAGAGUCGAGCGCGCCAUUCCCUAAGGCGACGCCCACCAUCUCGUCGCCACAGAAACUCCAGCAGCGGUGAUGAAGUGGGUGUGGCCCCAGAGCAAACAGACACAACCGCAAGCCAACCGGACCGUGAAACAACAGAGCGAGACAAAGGAGGAGGAGAAGGAGUCUUCAAGGAUGGAAAUGGAGACCAUGUCAAGGAUAGCAAAUCUGACAACAGCCAAACAAAUUGUGCCAUCACAAGUGAAGAAGACCAGAAGAGUGAAGAUGCAGUCACAGAAGCAGGAGGAACCGAGGAGAAAAGCUCAGGAGAUGAUCAAAAUAACAACCAGAAAGAACAAAAAACCAACACGAGUGUUCUAGAUAGUUAGUAGUCUCCGUGGGAACAUGUUGAUGGGACAUUUAUGAGAUGAUUUAAAGCUUGAUUGUCCUGCAGGGUUCCACGAGUUGAUGAAAGAAGUCCAAGUCCGAAACUCAAAAUGCUCCAAUGGGGUCUGCUUGGAAAGGUUGCACUAAUAGAGUGCAGACACAAACUUAUUUUUAUUUUUUUAAUCGCUGCUGGUUGUCUCAAAGUGGCAGAGACUCUUACUGUGGAAUAAUUUUGCUGCCUUUUUACACUGCUGUAUGUGUUUGAUUUAAUCAUAAGGGUAUUUUCUCACAGGCGACUAAUGAUAUUCUAAUAUUGGCCCUUUUCCGUACAUUUGUCAGAAAAUUGUUUUUGUCAUAUAAAAACUACCACAUUUACAA